UGCCAACACCCCCACACUUCCUCUCUCUCUCUGUGUAAUCUUCUCACCUCAUUUCUAUUUCUAUUACUCAUCAGAAACACACAGAGACAUAGACAGUGUGCUGUUUUGUUCUCUGAGCAGAACCAGAGAGUAAAAAAAAAAACAGAGGAACAUUUUGCAGAUGCCGACGAGAUAACUCAAGAUAAGGGUUCGUCUCUUUUCUCGUCGUUGUCCUCUCCGGUGAGAUUUGGGAAUCUAUCUAUCUGCUGUCAAAGUGGGAAUAUAUAAUCUGUAAUUAGCUGGAAGGCAAUGGCGUUCUUACAUUGAGCUUUAUCUAAGCCAAUUUUAUUGGAAUCUAAAUUGAUAAAAAGCUCAGCCUUUUUUGGAAUUAUAUGAAAAUAUGGAAAGUGGGUCAUUCUCGUUAUGUGGUUGCUUGUUGAUGGAGAUAUAACGAAAGCUUGAAGUUAUUCCAAAACUAGUGUUUAACUGGAAACAACAAGAGGGAGUAUAAAGAGUGUUACUGUAAGAGUUACUAUUCAUGGCUGCAAAGCUUUUGCAUACAUUGGCAGAUGAAAACUCGGAUCUGCAGAAGAAAAUUGGAUGUAUGAAUGGGGUUUUCCGUAUCUUUGAUCGUCACCAUCUUCUCACAAGGCAGCGAAAAAGUCUUACUUUAGGUAAUGCACAAGUCAAUAAUAUCAACUUUGAAAGAGACUCUGCACUACAGAUUCAAGACUCCAACAUUAUCAGAAGCGAGAAUGCAACAAACGAGAAACUAACAAGGGUAUCAACAGAGUCUUCUAGAGUUUCUUUCUCAUCAUCGUGUUCAUCAUCUUCCCCAUUGUCUUCAGAGCUCAACAGAGAAACUCAACCUGAUAUUUCAGCGUAUGACCGAGUCAUUUUUCAAGAAUCUCCAGUGAUGAGCCAAGGAAGUGGGUUGGGACUUGAUCUUAGAGAUGUUGUUAGAGACUCUAUGUACAGAGAAGCUAGAGGACUUUCUGAAGUAUCCAGACACAAGAGAAGAGAUGAUUCUCCAAGACCUUAUGGUUUGAAGCAAUCCACUCCUGUUGAUUUCAAUGAAUCAUGCAAAGCUCUAGCCAAACUUAAAAACUCUCAGUACUAUUACAAUGAGGUUGACUUGAAAGAUGCGUCUCGUUACUAUGUUGAUUCUCACAAGACGUCUAAAUCCAAGAAGAAGGUGAAAGAGUCUCCUAAGCUUUCUUUGGACAGUAGAGACCACGUUGGUCUCAAAUCAGGUAAUAGUAACCUUGUUCAGAGUUUUAGUAGAAGCUCUAGCAUGAACAAACGGCCUCCUAGUGUUGUAGCAAAGCUGAUGGGGUUAGAAACAUUACCUGGAUCCCCACUGGGCAGAGACAAACUCAACAUGUUUGGCCAUAACAGUGAUCCGUUCUCAAGGUCAUUGAGGGAGAAUAGCCUGAACCGUACUAUGCGGUUUCCUUCUAGCUCACCAAGAAGUUUAGGGAAGGACCUGGCUUCUUCUUCUUCUUCACCAAGAUGGAGUAGCUCUGAGUUUGGUAUGAAACCGUUAUCAAGUUUGAAGUUUCCCAUUGAACCAGCUCCAUGGAAGCAACAAAAGAAAGCAAGCAGGCCUGUGAAAGCUGUGUUGCCAUCAAUGGAGGGGAGGUUGAAAGAACUCGAGUUUAAGAGUUCAGGGAAGGAUCUCAGAGCUCUUAAUGAGAUAUUAGAGGCAAUGCAAACAAAAAGUGUCAAGCAACCAGAAUGCUCAAACUCAAGAGGCUUACAAAACCAGGUGAUGCCAUCCACUAUGAGAGGAGGACCAAUUGUGAUUAUGAAACCUGCCAGACUUGUUGAGAACUCUGGUAUUCCUUCAUCUUCUCUGAUUCCCAUUCACAGUCUAUCUGGUCUGAAUACAACCUGUAGAGAAGAAGAGUCUGUGAAGGUUAAAAGAAUCUCAACUAGUAAGAAGGCAGCAAAAGAUCCUAGUUCUGGAAACCAAAGAGCUGAAUCAGGUGUCAGUACUGUUGAUAACAAAUCUAGCAGCAGAAACAUGAGGUCUUCUCAGGUUUCAACAGAAGCCACUACAAAGAAUGCAAGAGCUGCAAGUCCAAGAUUGCCUCAUAUGAAGAAGAAUUCGAGACCACCAACAACUCCAUCUGAUUCAGGCAAAUCAAGAAGACAAACAAACCGACAACUCGAAGAAACUGCUACUUCUCCUGGUGGUAGGCGUAGACCAGGGGAUCAGAGGAGCUUGCAGAAAAAUGAUGGUCAACUUCGCCAGAUGAGGAAUAAAUCUAGGCCUGAAAUAGAUGCCACAGUGACUAUCCAACAAGCUACUGAAGUAGGUGGUGGAAAGAGUCCAUCUGUGAUAGAGACAGCAAAAACUGUAGUCUCUAACUUAAUGCAGAAUAAAGCUAGUCCAAAGUUUAGUGAAGAGGGAUCAUCAGAACAUCCAAGUCCAGUUUCUGUUCUCAACGCAUCAAUCUACAGAGACAUCAAACCAUCUCCUAUAAAAACACAAGCUAGUGAAGGCACUAAGACUGAUCAUCUAACAGGUGGUAAUAGCCUUAUUGACCCCGGUGAAGAAGAUCAGUGGAAUCCAGCUUACAGCUUCUCAAAGACAACAACCACCUUUUCACCAGAGAUAAACCGAAAGAAGCUUCAGAACGUUGAGCAUUUGGUUCAAAAGCUGAAAAGAUUAAACUCUAGCCAUGACGAAGCCAGCCAAGAUUACAUUGCAUCACUAUGCGAGAACAGUGGUCCUGACACUGAUCACAGAUACAUUUCAGAGAUUCUGUUAGCCUCUGGUCUUCUCCUCAGAGACUUAGCCUCAGAGUCAACCACGUUUCAACUGCACCCUUCAGGACACCCUAUGAACCCUGAGCUGUUCCUCGUUCUUGAGCAAACUAAAGGAAGAAACAGCAGCAGCAACGAGAAGCUCAACCGUAAACUUGUGUUUGACGCUGUUAAUGAAAUUUUGGUGAAGAAGUUAGCUAUUGUUGAGGGCAGCAGCAGUGCGGAUCCAUGGAUGAAGCGAGGUAAGAAGAGGAGGGUGUUGAGUGCGCAACAGCUCUUGAAAGAGCUGUGUUCAGAGAUAGAAACAGUGCAGAAGGAAGCCAAGAGAAGAUCAGAUAACUUGUUCUUGUUGGGGGAACAAGAAGAGGACUUCUUGAAAUGUAUAUUGGAUGAAGAUAUGGAGAUGCGGUCUGAGAAAUGGACGGAGUUUGAUGAUGUAGUCCCCGGUAUAGUGCUACACUUAGAGAGGCUUCUCUUCAAGGAUCUGGUUAGUGAGGUCGUGCAUGGUGAGAUUGAUCGGCUGCUGCAAAUUACUUCAAGCAGACGAGUAGUUACUGAUUCAUAAACUCGUUUUUUCUGUACUCUAAAGCUGUAUAUAAAUAAUAAAAGUCAAUAAUCAUGAAAACAUUCAUCGUAUUUACUAUUUGUGUUCUCUUUUGUUUCUCUUCAAUGGUGGUUAAAACCUGAAUGUUUCAAAGUAUUAACCGCUAAAG